CUGGCUGGCUCAGUUCGAUAAUGAGUACGAUAUGACGCUGUGCGCGGAUUGAAGUAACUUGUUAAUAAACAAAACUGGCACAGUUUCUUUCUCCACCUUUCCAUCAAUAGCUGGGGAUUCGUAAAAUGCGGUUGAAAGGCAUAUUUUUACUCCUGUCUUUAGGAGCGUUCACAUCGUAUUACGUUUACCAGCCCAUUCCAGACGAGAUAGAGGAGAGAUGGAAACUCAUGUUGACCGACUGUUUCUUCAGAAGUCUCAGCCACCUGGCAGACUUCAGUGAGCUGCUGGGUUUGAAGGACUACAUGGGGGUGAUGAUGUUCAUCACCUUUGCUGAACGCGUGUUCCCCGUGUCAGACCAACGUGUGCACGUUACAGAGGAGCUGUUUGAUGGGGUGGAGGUGGUGGUGUACCAGCCCAAACUGCAGGGCGGCGACACUGAGCUGAGGAGAGCAGUCAUAUACCUGCACGGAGGAGGAUGGUGCCUGGGCAGCGCCAGAAUGGGACCAUACGACCUCCUGGCUAGGCAGAUGGUCAUGGAUCUUAACUCUGUGGUCGUGUCUGUAGAGUACCGCCUGGCCCCCGAGCACCAUUUCCCUGUCCCGUAUGAGGACGUGUACCGCGUGGUGAAGCACUUCCUCCAGAGGGCGGUCCUGGCCCAGUACUCUGUCGACCCAUUACGCAUCGCUGUAUCGGGGGACAGCGCCGGGGGAAACCUGGCUGCAGCCGUGUCCCAGCAGCUGCAGCAGGAUCCAGAACAGCAGCAGCAGCUGAAGGUCCAGGCCCUGCUCUACCCUGUGCUGCAGGCUCUGGACCUCAAUACCCCGUCCUACCAGCAGAACCAGAAUAUGCCUAUCCUGCCCCGCACCCUUAUGGUGCGCUUCUGGAGCGAAUACUUCACCAGCGACAAGACCUUCUUCAGGGCCAUGAUGACCAACACUCACAACAGCCCGGAGUCCGCUGCGCUGCUCAACUUCGUCAACUGGAGUGCCUACCUGCCAGAGUCCUACCGGGGGACGUAUAACUACAGCGUUCCGGUCGUGGCGUUGUCGGCGGGAGGGUCGGACGGGCCAUCGCGCUCCAUCGCUGACCCCCGGGCCUCGCCCCUGCUGGUCCCGGAUGCCGUUUUACGCACGCUACCCAAGGCCUACGUUCUGACGUGUGAGUACGACGUGCUGCGGGACGACGGGGUGAUGUAUGCUGCACGCCUGCGUCGCGCCGGAGUCGAGGUGACUCAUGAACACUACGCCGGAGGUUUCCACGGCGCCCUCAUGUUCACCGUGUGGCCAACCGACUUCCUGAUUGGACGCACGAUGACGGAGAACUUCAUCAGAUGGCUGCAGCAUAACUUGUAG